AUGCCCGCAGCCGGGCGGGGGGUCCGGGGGCCGGGCAGGGGGCCGGGCUGGGGGGGGGUGUACGGGGGCGCAGGGAGUAAAGGGUGUCCAGGGAGUAAAGGGGGUCCAGAAAGACCAGGGAGUAAAGGGGGUCCAGGGAGUAAAGGGGGUCCAGGGAGUAAAGGGGGUCCAGGGAGACCAGGGAGUAAAGGGGGUCCAGGGAGUAAAGGGGGUCCAGAAAGACCAGGGAGUAAAGGGUGUCCAGGGAGUAAAGGGUGUCCAGGGAGUAAAGGGGGUCCAGGGAGUAAAGGGGGUCCAGAAAGACCAGGGAGUAAAGGGUGUCCAGGGAGUAAAGGGUGUCCAGGGAGUAAAGGGGGUCCAGAAAGACCAGGGAGUAAAGGGUGUCCAGGGAGUAAAGGGUGUCCAGGGAGUAAAGGGUGUCCAGGGAGUAAAGGGGGUCCAGAAAGACCAGGGAGUAAAGGGGGUCCAGGGAGUAAAGGGGGUCCAGGGAGUAAAGGGGGUCCAGGGAGACCAGGGAGUAAAGGGGGUCCAGGGAGUAAAGGGGGUCCAGAAAGACCAGGGAGUAAAGGGUGUCCAGGGAGUAAAGGGUGUCCAGGGAGUAAAGGGGGUCCAGAAAGACCAGGGAGUAAAGGGGGUCCAGGGAGUAAAGGGAGUAAAGGGGGUCCAGGGAGUAAAGGGGGUCCAGAGAGACCAGGGAGUAAAGGGGGUCCAGGGAGUAAAGGGGGUCCAGAAAGACCAGGGAGUAAAGGGUGUCCAGGGAGUAAAGGGUGUCCAGGGAGUAAAGGGUGUCCAGGGAGUAAAGGGGGUCCAGAAAGACCAGGGAGUAAAGGGGGUCCAGGGAGUAAAGGGGGUCCAGGGAGUAAAGGGGGUCCAGGGAGACCAGGGAGUAAAGGGGGUCCAGGGAGUAAAGGGGGUCCAGGGAUAAAGGGGGUCCAGAAAGACCAGGGAGUAAAGGGGGUCCAGGGAGUAAAGGGAGUAAAGGGGGUCCAGGGAGUAAAGGGGGUCCAGAGAGACCAGGGAGUAAAGGGGGUCCAGGGAGUAAAGGGUGUCCAGAAAGACCAGGGAGUAAAGGGGGUCCAGGGAGUAAAGGGGGUCCAGGGAGUAAAGGGAGUAAAGGGGGUCCAGGGAGUAAAGGGGGUCCAGAAAGACCAGGGAGUAAAGGGGGUCCAGGGAGUAAAGGGGGUCCAGAAAGACCAGGGAGUAAAGGGGGUCCAGGGAGUAAAGGGGGUCCAGAAAGACCAGGGAGUAAAGGGGGUCCAGGGAGUAAAGGGGGUCCAGGGAGUAAAGGGAGUAAAGGGGGUCCAGGGAGUAAAGGGGGUCCAGAGAGACCAGGGAGUAAAGGGGGUCCAGGGAGUAAAGGGGGUCCAGAAAGACCAGGGAGUAAAGGGUGUCCAGGGAGUAAAGGGUGUCCAGGGAGUAAAGGGUGUCCAGGGAGUAAAGGGGGUCCAGAAAGACCAGGGAGUAAAGGGGGUCCAGGGAGUAAAGGGGGUCCAGGGAGACCAGGGAGUAAAGGGGGUCCAGGGAGUAAAGGGGGUCCAGGGAGUAAAGGGGGUCCAGAAAGACCAGGGAGUAAAGGGUGUCCAGGGAGUAAAGGGUGUCCAGGGAGUAAAGGGGGUCCAGAAAGACCAGGGAGUAAAGGGGGUCCAGGGAGUAAAGGGAGUAAAGGGGGUCCAGGGAGUAAAGGGGGUCCAGAGAGACCAGGGAGUAAAGGGGGUCCAGGGAGUAAAGGGUGUCCAGAAAGACCAGGGAGUAAAGGGGGUCCAGGGAGUAAAGGGGGUCCAGGGAGUAAAGGGAGUAAAGGGGGUCCAGGGAGUAAAGGGGGUCCAGAAAGACCAGGGAGUAAAGGGGGUCCAGGGAGUAAAGGGGGUCCAGAAAGACCAGGGAGUAAAGGGGGUCCAGGGAGUAAAGGGGGUCCAGAAAGACCAGGGAGUAAAGGGGGUCCAGGGAGUAAAGGGGGUCCAGGGAGUAAAGGGAGUAAAGGGGGUCCAGGGAGUAAAGGGGGUCCAGAAAGACCAGGGAGUAAAGGGGGUCCAGGGAGUAAAGGGGGUCCAGAGAGACCAGGGAGUAAAGGGGCGGGCGUCUGAGCUGGGACCGGACCGGGCCACCCGGUUCCUGGUGGUUCUGGAGGAGUCCCGGGGUCCAGACCUGUACCAGCUACAGGACUCCAGCUCUGGUGGAGCGACCUUUGACCCCAGACCGUUCCAGAUCCAGUACGAGUCGACCAACCAGAGGCUGGAAAUGGAGACUGGACCUGAAAGCUGGACCAGUAACCUGGACCUGGAGCCAGCUGUGUUCUAA